AUGCUCCGAAGAAAUCAAUCCAUAGUGGAAGACUUUGUCCUGCUGGGCCUCUCCCAGACCAGAGAAAUCCAAUUUGCCCUCUUUCUCCUCUUCCUUAUCUUUUAUUCUCUGAUCCUGCCAGGAAACCUUCUCAUCAUCCUGACCAUCCAGAAAGAACCUCAGCUGAACUCUCCCAUGUACUUCUUCUUAGCCAAUCUGGCUUUCCUGGACCUCUGCUAUUGCUCUAUCACUCCUCCCAAGAUGCUGUCUGACUUCUUCUCCAGCCAUAAGACUAUCUCCUUUAAGGGCUGCAUCCUCCAGAUCUUCUUUCUUCAUUGGUUAGGAUGCUCUGAGGUUUUCCUUCUUUUAGGCAUGGCCAUUGAUCGCUAUGUGGCCAUUUGCCACCCUUUGCGCUAUACCAGCCUCAUCAGCAAAGCGGUGUGCUACAUUUUGGUCCUGGUGUCCUGGUCUAUAGGAUUCAUGCAUUCUAUCAUCCAGGUAAUUCUUAUUCUCCCCCUGCCAUUCUGUGGACCCAAUGAACUGAAUAAUUUCUUCUGUGAUAUCACUCAGAUCAUCAAGUUGGCUUGUACUGACACCAAUGCCAUAGAAUACAUCAUGUUCUUCAACAGUGGCUUGGCCACCUUGAUGUGUUUUAUCCUUCUCCUCAUUUCCUAUGGAAUCCUUCUGAUCAAAGUGAGAGCAAAUUCUGACAAAGGAAAGAGUAAAGCUUUCUCGACAUGCAUCACCCACAUCAUCAUCAUCUUCAUCAUGUUUGGCCCAGCCAUCUACCUCUACUGCCACCCCUUUCAGGAAUUCGCCUUUGAUAAGGUGGUGGCUGUUUUCCAUACAGUGGUCUUCCCCUUGAUGAACCCCAUGAUCUACACUUUGAGGAACAAGGAGAUCAAGCAAGCCAUGCUGAAGUUGUUGGGCAAAAUUAAAGUUCAAAGCGGAUGA